AUGAGUGGGAGUACUUCGAUACUAGAGUCAAAAGAGACAUUUGAUACCAAUGUGAGUGGAUCUAGCUCUGGCUCUUCCAAUGAAGCCAUUAAACUCUUUGAGCAGGCCAUAGAGAAGGAAUCCCAUGGAUUAAUGUCUGAGGCUGUAGAACUCUAUAGGAAGGCGUUUAAAUUGAACGACCAGGUGGACUUGCUUUACAGAUCUCACAAGGUCCCGCAUACUGUGAAGAAAUUGCAGCUGACUGGUGGGAAGAACUCCGCUGUGAAGGUGGAUGAAGAGAUCGUUAAGCAAAUCAAUGUUAAUGAAUUAUUGGACAGUUUCGAACAAUUAGACAUCGCAUAUGAAAAGGAAGACGAAAACGGAGAAGCUAAUGAGGCAAGCCCAUUGCUUAAUCUUCCGAACGAUAUUUGGAUAUCUAUCCUUGAAAUCUUGUUGAUUAGUCAUCCGGAAUCUUGGUUCAAUUAUUCCAUAACGUGUAAAAAAAAUGCCUUCCUUGGCUUCAGGUCUUCGAUAUUGUGGAUGAAACUAUGCAACUUAGUGUUUCCACAGCAAAUUUACGAAGAAAACCAGCUAUUCACAGAAGGUAGUUUGAAUGACAUAGAGGAUGACGAUUUACCAAUCCCCAAGCUGCAGGAACUAAUUGUGCCUCAGUAUAGCCAUUCGUGGAAGAAAAUGCUUAACGAAAGGCCAUUUAUCAAAUUUCUGGGGUGCUACAUAAGUGUUGUGAAUUAUUACAGUGAAGGUGGUAGAGCAGAGUUUUCCAAUAGCUGGACCAAUCCUGCUCGACUGAUUACAUAUUAUAGAUAUCUCAGAUUCUAUCCAGAUGGUAGCUGUAUAAAGGUGCUAACGCAUUUGGAUCCUAGUUCUGUGAUCCCAUCAUUGCUGAGAAGAAACAGGUUUUUGAUCCCGGUGCACUCUGAGCAGCAACAGCAGCAGCAACAGCAGACUCUCCAAGCACCACACGCUCAACUGAACCAAUCGCAGGCUCAAGCGGCCCAGAGCCACGCUAAGUCUCUGACACACCAAAUAUUUAAGGGUAAGUGGAAUAUUACUUCCGAUGAAGAGCUACAUGUCACCAUUACUGAGGGCUCAGUACCAACGUACGAUUUCCAUUACUUCUUCAAAUUGAAGUCUCUGGGACCUAUUUUCAGACAUAAUAAACUCGCCUGGAUAAAGUAUUUCGCGCUUAAGAAGGAGAUCGACGAAGCUACAGGAGAAAGGGAAAUCAGCGAAUUCACGUUGAAGAAUGAGAGACCGUUUUUGUUUCUGAAGGUUAGAAGAUACCAUGAUGAAAUUGUCAGAGCAGCAAUAUAG